AUGGGACCUCUUUCAAAUCAUAAAAUACUUUGUGGGUCUCAUCCAGAGCUUCAUAUUCCAGGAUUUCCUCGUCAGCAGCUAGUUUCUGGCCUCCAAGUGAAUCUAUGGGGCAACGCGUAUCAGCAGAGACAGAAGAAACUUGAGAAGCAUGUUAAUGAAAUACCAAUGCCUAACAUCCAGUUACUUUCUCGUCUGUUGGAAAUUCAAUUGGUAAAGCUCUAUUCUUUGGAUCCUCUUCCCACAAACCUCUCCCCUGAUUUCGAUGUGAAUGCUAGAUUUGUUUCCCAUCCUUGGGCACCUGGUUAUGAUAUUGAGGACCGUAAGAGGUUGAAGUAUAAAGACUGGCACUUGUCAGACUUCUUUUCCAAAGACCAGUCCCUCUUUGGAAAAUUGUUUUAG